AGUAUCUCCUCUACAGAAGUCUGAAAUAGUAGACAUGGUCAAGAAACACGUCAAUGCCAUAACACUUGCCAUUGGGGAUGGUGCCAAUGACGUAGGAAUGAUCCAGACAGCUCACGUUGGAGUGGGGAUCAGUGGCAACGAGGGAAUGCAAGCAACCAAUUGCUCGGAUUACGCGAUUGCACAGUUUUCCUACUUGGAGAAGCUGCUGUUGGUCCAUGGAGCUUGGAGUUACAAUCGAGUUACCAAGUGCAUACUCUAUUGCUUUUACAAGAAUGUGGUUUUGUAUAUUAUUGAGCUUUGGUUUGCUUUCGUUAAUGGAUUUUCUGGGCAGAUCUUAUUUGAGCGAUGGUGCAUUGGUCUGUAUAAUGUGAUUUUCACAGCACUGCCACCCUUUACUCUGGGAAUUUUUGAACGAUCGUGUACUCAAGAUAGCAUGCUUAGAUUUCCACAACUAUACAAAAUUACUCAAAAUGCAGAUGGGUUCAACACAAGGGUUUUCUGGGGUCACUGCAUCAAUGCCCUGAUCCAUUCCAUCAUUCUCUUCUGGUUUCCACUGAAAGUGCUGGAGCACGAUGCAGUAUUCACAAAUGGCCAGGGAAUUGACUAUUUAUUUGUUGGAAACAUAGUUUACACUUAUGUAGUAGUCACUGUUUGUCUGAAAGCAGGCUUGGAAACAACUGCGUGGACUAGAUUCAGUCACCUGGCCGUCUGGGGAAGCAUGCUGCUCUGGCUGGUGUUCUUCGGUGUCUACUCGGCCAUCUGGCCCACGUUUCCCAUCGCGCCAGACAUGCUGGGGCAGGCUGGAAUGGUGUUAAGAUGUGGAUACUUCUGGUUUGGCUUGUUUCUCGUGCCCACUGCGUGCCUUGUUAAAGACGUGGCAUGGACAGCGGCCAAGCAUACCUACCAUAAAACUUUGCUGGAGCAAGUUCAGGAGUUGGAGACGAAGACGAGAGAGCUGGGAAAAGCCAUGCUUCGUGAUAGCAAUGGAAAGAGCGUGAACGAACGUGAUCAUUUGUUAAAAAGGCUCGGCAGGAAAACUCCUCCGAGCCUUUUCCGUGCUCAUUCUGUCCAGCAAAGUGUAUCACAUGGGUAUGCGUUUUCUCAAGAAGAACACGGUGUUGUUUCCCAGUCACAAGUUGUUCGAUCCUACGAUACGACCAAAAGGAAAACAGAAAUAGAAUAA